GGAGCGGGGCCGGGAUCGGGAACGGGAGCGGGAGAGGGAGCGGGGAGGGAUCGGGAUCGGGGCCGCGAUGGCGCUGGACGUGCGGCGCCUGGAGGCGCUGAGCCUGCAGGAGCUCAGCGCGCUGCUGGACGACGAGGAGCAGCUGCAGGACAUGGCCCGCGAGAUGGAAGAGGCCCAAAAUGUUCAGCACAGCAAGGACAUGACUCUCGCCAGCAACCGCAGUCUGGCAGAAGGAAAUCUCCUGUACCAGCCAAAGUUGGAGUCUUUGAAAUCAAAUUUGACUGAAAAAUAUCAAGAGUUGCAAGUUCUUUUUGAAGCAUACCAGAUAAAGAAAACAAAACUAGACAGACAAUCCAGCAAUGCUUCCCUGGAGACCCUACUGGCUCUGCUGCAGACCGAGGGGGCAAAGAUUGAGGAAGACACAGAGAACAUGGCAGAAAAAUUCCUUGAUGGUGAAAUACCACUGGAUUCCUUCAUUGAUGAGUACCAGAGCAAGAGGAAACUGGCUCACCUGCGCCGGGUAAAGAUUGAGAAGCUCCAAGAAAUGGUGCUGAAGGGACAGAGACUUCCUCAGGUUCAGCCUCCAGCUCAGCCCAGAGCGCCCGAGACAACACCAGCACCUCAAGAUUCCUACAAGCCGGAUGCAAACACUCCUCCUUCCGUUGUGCCCCGACGGAUACCACCCCCCCCACCCUCCUCAGUCCCAGCAGGACGCUUCCCUACUCCGUUUACCGCAGCCAUGAGCUCAGGACCAGCUCUUUCUUAUCCAGGUGCUCCGUACCCGCCUCUCCCGCCUCGCCCAGGGGAUGUUCAGCCCACAAGUCAAAUGCCACAGCCAGGAUACCCAUCUCAGUUUGUACCACAGUACCCUCCAGCUCUUCCCCAAAGACCACCUCGCGUUCCGCCACAUCCUGGCUUUAUCCUCCAGUAAAUAUUCCGGUGCGCCUGACUUAUUGUAUUGGUGCUUAUAUUUCCUUUUCCCCCCCAUCAGAGACUUGCUGUAGCAAUGGGAAGCCUCUGUUCUUUGCACGAUGGAGUACAAAGGCCGAGCUGUGGCACAGAGGUUUGCAAUUGCUUUGGUAAAUGUGAUGGUGUUUGUGUUCAAAGGUCAGUGAUGACAAGGUUUUCCUGGGAAGGUGAGAGGGUCUAAAUUUUAUAAAUCCAUCGAAUGGGGAAGCCGCCUGUGGUGGGUUUCCUGACCUUACCAACCGAGUCACGCUCUGAAUUCUUUAGUGAUGGUAAAUCAGCAUCCUCUUCUGCUCUGGUGUGUUCCCAUCACAGCUGGAUGUAUGUGUGGCAAAUGGG